CUCAGAUAGUGAAAUUCAAAUUAUGAAUUUUAUGGCCAUGACUAACUGAAAGGACAGGCCAGUAGCGAUGUCCUUCCUGGAAAAAAGUCAAUGGGAUGAGAUCCAAGCUGUUAACAGUUAUUUAGCACAAGAACAUCAGAACCAGCCACCACCAGCUCCAUUUCCAGAGGAAUACCAGCAACAAAAUGAAAGGAUCCCUGCUCAGCCUCAAAGACUCAUCGACGAUAUUGCUUAUUAUGAUAGAGAAUUUUAUGGACAGGACCCUACUGGUGGGAACGGCUUCGAAAUGCCAGACAUAUUAGGAGGCAUUAAAAGUUUCUUUGGUGGUGCUAAAGACAAAAUAUUUGGGUGAACCGGUGGAAAGUAUUUCAUUAAAAAGCUAGCCGAAAAAUAUCCAAAGAUUGAAUUCAGCAAGAUUCCCUUUGUGGACAUGAACUAUAAAGAUGCUGCGGCUAAAGCAAGCGACAGUAAGAAGUUGUUGUUCUUAUACAUUCAUGACCACAAAUCCGAGUGAUGAAGACAUGUAGACAUGGAUUGCCUCACUGACCCAAAUAUCCAAAGCAAGCUAAAGGACUCCUUUGUGUGAUUAGGAAUCAAUGUAUUUUCAGACGAUUGGAAAAUUGUGAAUAAAGUAUUUGAUCCACCACUUGUUCCCUUUAUUGGUGUAUUUUAUAUUGCACAUGAUGGAAAGUUGGAUAUUGUUAACACUUUAAUGGGAGACGACAUCAAUCCUGAUUCCUUACUACAACUCCUACUUCAAUCAGAUGACCAAUAUGAAGAACUUUUAAGAAAAGAUUUGAAAAACAAUAGGGUGAAAACUCAAAAUCCUGACUUUACAUUAAGAGAGGAAACAAAUUAUUUUGAAAGAAGUGAACAUUCACUCAGUAGAGGCCAAGGCCUUACCUCAGAAGUCCCUCAACCUGUAGCAGAUGUCAACAAUGACAUUCUUGACCCUGAAGAAGAAGAGAAAAAGGCUCCUCCAAUGGAUCUCAAGGAAAUACAAAGGCAGGAGUAUGAAGAAGCUGUAAGGAAAGAUCUUGAAAAAGAAAUACAACAAAACAUUGAAAAGGCAGCGCAAAAAGAAAAAGAAGAGGCUGAACAGAGAAAAUAAAGAACAACUCGAACAAGAAGCUAUAGACUGUAAAGCCAAACUUGAAGAGGAGCCUAUAGAAGGAGAUCCAGAAGCUGCGACAAUUCAGAUAAGACUUGCAGAUGGCACUUCCAAGACUAGAAGGUUCUCAAAGAAGAGCUCUGUAGAGCAACUUCAUCUCUACAUUCGUAGCCUUGGUGAUGAAUGUGGCUUAGAAGAAAUCACUGAUGAAUUCGAGUUAUUCCAGCAAAGUAAUGUCUUCAAUGACUAUUCAAAGACUAUUGAAGAAGUGGGCCUUUUCCCAAGAUCAAAAAUAUACUGAAGAGAAUUGUAA